AUGGUAGCCUGUAAUAGCCCAGAGCCGUUCACUCUUGAUUUUGGGAAGAAUAUUGAUGGCAUGAAACCUGCUUCUGGCUUUGCAUCCUUCCGUAGUCAAGUGCGUAUAACACCAGGAGCUAUUGUCUGUUCAGAAUGUGAGUUAUCUGGUGAAAUAAUUAUCGGUGCAAAUACUAUUAUUCAUCCUAAGGCACGUAUCAUUGCUGAGGCGGGUCCAAUACAUAUUGGUUCAUAUAAUUUAAUUGAAGAACAAGUUGAAAUUGUGAAUAAAAUUUCUGGUUCGACAAUGAAGAUCGGGGAUUACAAUGUAUUUGAGGUAGGAGCUCAUUGUUAUGCUCUACAAGUUGGUGAUAAUAAUGUUUUCGAAGCAAAAUGUCACAUUGGUCCAAAUGUUAAAAUUACUCACGGUUGUGUGAUCGGUGCAAUGUCUUCAAUGGAUUCUGGGGAAACAAUACCAGAAUGCACUGUUGUUUACGGUGAUGAAGGUCAUCGUCGUAUUGCAACUGAACGUCCACCAGCACAAACACUGCAAUUGGAUUUUUAA